AAAUUCUAUGAAAGACAAAAUACUGCAAUAAAUGACAAGAUGGAAGCUUAAUGUAGAUUAUUCGUAAUUUGAUAUAAAUCUGAUACAGAUUAUGUGUGUCAAUCCUAAAAACACCAAAGCCUAAUCCAGAUAUUUAUGCAAAAGCAAAAGGACUUGGCUUUAGGUUUUGCGUUUUAUUAGAAAUAAAAAUUGAUGAAAACAACAUGGAUUAUUCAAGAGGAAGUUACCCAAGUUAUGACCAAACACCUCAAAAUUCACAGAUGUACUUACCUCAGCAUUUUGGACCUCCAGCCCAUCAAUCUUACGGAAGAGUUUUUUAUGGAGAUGGAGGCAAGGGAGGCAACAGAAAAAGAAAAGGUGUUAAUCAUAAAGAUUCUGAUGAUGAAGAUAGCCAGCAAAGCACACCAUAUAACCAGGAACAAAUUGACAAAGAAAAGUUUGCUAGUAGGGAGAGCCAUUGUGAGAUUGAGAGAAGAAGAAGAAACAAGAUGACUUCAUACAUUAAUGAACUCUGUGAUAUGGUACCGACAUGCAGUACCUUAGCUAGGAAACCAGACAAACUAACCAUUCUCAGAAUGGCUGUUUCUCACAUGAAAACACUGAGAGGUACUGGUAAUACAGGCACUGAUGGGUCAUACAAACCUUCCUUUCUCACAGAUCAGGAAUUAAAACAUCUUAUUCUGGAGGCGGCAGAUGGAUUCCUAUUUGUUGUACAAUGUGAUACUGGGAGAAUAAUAUAUGUGUCUGACUCAGUGACACCAGUUCUUCACCAGUCUAUGAAUGAAUGGUUUGGAAACUGUGUCUAUGAACUGAUCCACCCAGAUGAUAUUGAUAAAGUAAGAGAACAGCUUUCAACAACAGAAUCUCAAAACACAGGAAGGAUUUUAGAUUUGAAAACUGGAACAGUUAAAAAAGACAGUCAUCAAACAUCUAUCAGAUUGUGUAUGGGAUCCAGAAGAGGUUUUAUAUGUAGAAUGAAGAUGGGAAAUGUACAGGUUGAUCCAAUGACAGCCAAUCAUUCCUUACGUGUCCGUCAAAGGAACACCAUUGGUCCAUCAAAUGAUGGAAACCAUUACACUGUUGUACACGUCACUGGUUAUAUAAAGAACUGGCCACCAGCAGGAGUACAAAUUGAUAGAGAUCCAGAUGAAAAUUCUGGUCCUGGCAGCCAUUGUUGUUUGGUUGCCAUUGGAAGACUGCAGGUGACUAGUGCACCCAACUGUAAUGAUUUAAUGGGUGCAAACAAUGCCACAGAAUUUGUUUCCAGACACAGUAUAGAGGGAAAAUUUACUUUUGUCGACCAGAGGGUAACAGCUUUACUUGGUUAUCAACCACAGGAAUUGUUAGGGAAAUCAGCUUUUGAUUUUUAUCACCCAGAAGAUAAAACUCACAUGAAAGAUACCUUUGAGCAAGUGUUAAAGUUGAAAGGUCAAGUAAUGUCUAUAAUGUACAGAUUUAGAGCAGCUAAUAAUGACUGGGUAUGGUUGAGAACCAGUAGCUUUAGUUUCCAGAAUCCUUAUACUGAUGAAGUAGAGUACAUUGUUUGUACUAAUACAUCAGCAAAAACAGCUCAACAAGGUUCAGCAGGCCAGCAGUCAGGAAUACCAAAUCCAGCUGACCAGGCACAAGAUCCACAGAUAAAUACCUUCAGUAAUCCACCUCGUCCAUUACCAACAGACAAUCUUGGAAUGACAUCCUCUACAAAGGCUGACUAUACAAACCAGUAUAAUCAUCCAGAGGCUGGAGGGUAUUCAUCAGUUCUCACAAGUACAAGACAAGUUGGGCAAGACAUGUAUGGGUUUAACUCUUCAGCACAGAUGAAAUACCCCUCUCCUAAUGUUUCUGCCUCCAUGUCAAUGCCACAAUCUGCCUCGGGGAGGGGAGGCAUGUCACAUCUCAGGAGAAGUCCAAACCCAGAGAGUAGAUGGCAAAACCAGGCAGGAUUUUCACAAAAUCAGGCAGCAGAUUAUACCAACAAUUCACAGUCAGGAUUUUCUCAAAUAAGUCCCAACAGUUCAUCUCCAGCAGGUGCCCCUACUUACACCCAGUUAGGAAGUAACCAGACAGCACCAAAUUCACAACCUAAUUCUUUCUCUCAUUCCUCAGCUGGUGGAUCUGGGCCAGUUAUAUGGCCGCCUGCUUCUCACUGGCAGGGAGGUGGAGCAGACGUGUCACAGCAGCAGUCACAACCUCAACAGCAGACGACACCACAACAGCAGCAGCAGCAGACAGAAGAAUUCAGUGAUAUGUUACAAAUGUUACAACAGCCUGGAGGACCUGAAUUUAGUGACUUUACAAUGUUUAAUCCUCUGGGUGAUUAAAAUACUGAUUUUGGGUCUGAAUGUUUGUAUAUGUGCCAUUUUUGAACCACAAAAAUGCUUGCCUGAAAAUUAAUGGAAACAGUUUCAAUCACAACAUUUCUAUAAAACAAGCAUUUAUAUUUAGUAAAAUGACAAGACAACACUGUAUGAAUUAAUUUAAUGUAUAUGUUGCAUAGAUUUUACAUGUAACACUUUAGUACAUAGAAGAAUAUUGUGAUAUUGAUUAGAAGUUAUGCUUUCAAAUGUAAACAUUUCAUGUAUUUUCUUUUACUAUUGAACAUAUUGAUUAUGAAAUACACUUAUUUAUUAAAUACUCUAGUGUUGAUAGCUUUAAGGACAGUCCUGAUUGUUUUCUGUUUCCACUCAAAACCAUUGACAAAAAUUGAAUUUAUCCAAAUCACCUAAAAGAAAAUAUAUACAUGUAUCUAGAAAAUAAGAAAUAUAGAUACUUUUAAUAUUAUUCAAUGAAAAUGGAACACAGGGUAAAACUUAAUACAGUAAUGCUGAUUUUUUUCUUAAUUGUUAUUCAUAUUUGUUAUUGCUUAAACGAUACAAUGACUUUUAACAGCAGCCAGUGGUUAAAUAGGAAAAAUGGAAGUAUGAAUGAUCAUUAUAUCCAGUGGUUCACUAACCUUUGGUCUUUUGUCCAACAUUGUAAAUUCAAAUAUUUAUAUUGUUAUUUCUAUUUAUACUUGUAAAAUUCCAUUGCACACUAUACUUCUGCUAAGAUUUAUAUAUUGCAAUUUACAACUAUAACAUUUAUCGCUACUUUUGCAGUCUGAGUUAAAUAAUGACAUGUUGCAGACUGUUUAUAUCUUGUUAAUGUCUGAAAGCAAAGAUUGUUAGUUGAUGAAUAAAUGUUUUAAUAUCAUAUUUUAAGAAGUUUGAAACAGUCAUAAUUGUAAUCAUUGAAAUUAUUAUAUUAAUUGUUUUAUAUCAGCUUUUUUAAACAUGUUUGUUUUAUGUAAGUGUUUGUUGUAGUAAUAAAAGUAAUUUAUGUGCAAUUAGGUUUUGUUAUAUUUUUCAUUGAAUUAUUUAAUUAUCAGUGAUGAAAUUUAUACAUGGUAUAUACCUUGCUUAUCUUAUCACAAAAAGGAAAAGUUUUUUUUUUUAUAGCAAUGUUUUACUUAUUUAACAAGAAUAUGUGUAUAUAUUUGUCUUGCAUACAGCAAGUGCAUGUCAUUUUAUAUUAGACUUAUAAAAGUCCAGUUAUUCUUUUUUAUCAUAUAUUUUUUUUAAUAUCUCAAAACACCAAACUAUGGUUUAGAAUACAAACCUACAGGACUAUGAUGAACAUUUAGAUUUACAGUUAAAAAGGUUUAAAAUUUAGUUUAAUUGGAACAUUUGCAAUGUUUAACUUUUCUGAUAAUAUUUUUUAAUUUUGUUAAUACAUGUUAUAUAACAUUUGUAAAAACUCAUUUACAAAUCUGAAUGGUUAAAUGUUUUUGUGUGUGGUAAAUGUGUCAUUACAACAACAAUUAUAUAUCCUUGAUUUGUACACUGUCCAUGCAUAGAUUUCAUUUAUUUGCAUUCAAUCCUAAAAGUAUGAACAUUGCAAUCCUUAUUCACUAUUCAUGCAAUUUAAUCAUUCACCUAUUACAUAAAAUGUUACAGGAAAUAAUCAUAUUUGAUAAUGCUUAGAAAUUGUUCAGUGAUGUUUAUGAUUUUUUUUUAAAAAGGGCAUUGUAAGAACAGAUUGAGGUAUUUUAAUGUUACUUAUAUGCUUAAAUGAAAACAUCAGUAAAACAUGGCCAUUAAUGAUAGUCAGUUAUUUGCUUUUAUAAAAUUACGUAAGGAAUCAUUUGAAUACGAAUAAAGGGAUAUUUGGGAUAAAUACCAAUUAGACCUCAAACCAAUCUCCUUAUGUAAAGUGAGACGCUAUCUCAUUAUCUCCCUUUGGUAACUUAUGUUUAUCAUCUUGUUGUAUUUUUUGUUAUCUUCCUUAACUUGAAGGUUAUAAAUGACCACCCCUUGAUAAUUUAGUGCUAUCAUUUAAAUGAAUUAUCUUGGAUGCUAUCUCCCUUGGAUAUUUAAGGAAAGAAAGUUGCAGAAAAAGUAACUAUAACAGCAGAAAGCAGCCAGUUAAUAUCUUUUUCCUAAAUAUUUUUUUAGUCAUCUAAAUAUGUGUUCUUCACAAAAUUUAAGAAAGUUCAAACAUAAGUAAGAUAUAUUUCAGUUUGUACAAGUAAAGAAUUAGCAUGUCAAGACGUCUUGAUUUUAUUGGUAUCUGACUUGUUUGUAUGCUCUCAUUAGUUCUUUUCCCCAAUAAUUUUGAUUAUUAGUUUGCUUAUCAUAGGAUAUUUUAGAUUAUUUAUUUUAAUAGAGAAGAUUUGUAUGAAAAUUACCAUUUCCAAAUUAAUGGCACUUGCAAAAGAAACAAGUUACCGUCCUUUUUUACCUUGUGUAUGUAUAUACAUGUAUGUAGAAAGUUCAACUUAUAAUGAAAAUUGUAUACGAAACUAGCAUGCAUACCAAAGGUUGUUUUCUUUAAAUAUUUACAUUACGAAUAUCUACGAAAAACUUUGAUAUGAAGGCUUUGCUCACAUAUUUUGAAAUGGAAGAUGCAUUCUUCAUUAUAUUAUUGACUCAUUUAAGCAUCUCUUUACCACCAACUUUGGUCAUUUUCUGUUUUUUGGCAAAAAAUGUAUAUGGAAGUCUAAAGGAAACAAAUACUGAUUUUGAUUUUGUUGUCUUUUGAAUAAGAUUAUUGUAAUUUUAUAGUUAUUUAAUGGUCAUCUGGUUUGUAUUGUUUAUACACAUUUAUGUGCAGAUCUGAUUUUUUUUACAUAAUUCCUUUACAAUAAAUCAGAAACUGUUUAGAUUUUUUAUAAUUAUUUUUCACCUAAUUGUUACAAAUUUUAUAAAACUGUGCAAAAAUCAGGUUAACCUGCUUGAGAUGUUUUCUUUUUUUUAAAACUCUUAAUAAAGAAAGUUUUUCCUACGGAAAAAAAUAACUAUUGUUGGCUACCACUGGGACCAAUUAGUUCUAACCAUUUCUAAAAAAAAAAAUCUAUUUCUGUGACUUUUGAUCAUGUUUUAGAAACUGCAGUUGUAGUAACAUAGAUGUUAUGAUGGUGCAAUCAUUUUAUUGAUAAUUUAUGUAAGAUUCUGUUGAUGUAUGUAUAUUGAUUGUCAAAUGAAUAAAUCAAAUCAACACAUAUGAAGAA